AUGACGGUUGAUGUGGGCACGGCCGUCAGGAUUGCGAUAGGGCUGCUAGAGGUCGUCGAGAGAGAUCCCCUUUUGGCAAUACAUACACACACCACCUACUUGCUCAGAACACGGCUCAAACAUGUGAACACACCCACUUCGAACACACAAGUAGAACUUGGCCGGGAUGAGAAACCUAAGGGCCCUCUAAAGGAAGGUGGGUCUGAUGUUAUAGCUGGGCCUGGCGGUGUUACACUUGUUGUACCAAAACGAAGCCACGGCGACACUCACAAUGACCAAACGUACCGAACUGCGCACGUGGCCGGUGCAGACAACCCUGGGCACAGUCAGCUUCAUAGCAAUAGUCACACUACUAUCACGUACGGUGGUGAGAGGGUGGGUAAUGGGGCGCCAUUAGGACCACCCAGUGGGGAUGGGACCUAUGAGCUGCACUCCAGCAAGUCAGCUCACGCACGCUCGCACAGUCCCACAGCAGCGUACAACGGGGGUGGCAGGGGACUUGAAAGUAGGAAUGCAGAUAGAGAGAGAGGGAGAGAUAGAGACAGAGACAGAGACAGAGACAGAGAGAGGCGUAGAAGUAAUUUACAGAGUAGAGAUGGGAGCGGGUACAGGACCGGCUUGCGGGUAGAACACCAGGAGUCUACCCGGACUAAUAUAAGAAGCCGCGAACGGAGUAGUUCGAGAGGCCGAUCUAGAUCGAGAGAGAGAUCUAGAUCCAGGUCUAGAGCCGAGAGCAGCGCACACACACCACUCAGCAAACGGACUAGUUAUGACAGCGAAGACACGCACGCACCUACACCCUCCCACUCGUACGCACGAGAACAAACACGACGUUCAUCGACGGACGAGCAUAGCAGAGGGAGAGAUAGUCACCAGAAUCACGUGCACAGACCACAGCAGGACGCAGACGCAGCCGAAGGGACACGAAGCAGGCGCACGUGCACACCAUCGAGGGAUGGUGGGCAGUCGAGAGAGGGAGCACGUACACACUCACGCACAGCCACACACACGCCCACGGCAUCCUUAGAGGACAUACGCGAGUCACUGCGGGUGGGCAUGCGGUCUCAUGCACAUGCAUAUGCACAGACACACACACGCACGCACACACACCACGCAGAACAUACAGACCUCGGGUACGAUCGCAGGGAUAGUACCAAUAGCACAGGGAGCAGCACACGUCACCACGAGCGCAGGUAUACAGGGGCCAGGGCUUCCCCCCCAGGCACACGCACACACACACACACACACACAGAGCGAAGCACACGCGUCAGCCGAACCCCACGCGUGGACCCGCCCUCGCGCUCACACUCACGCACAGACUCGCGCUCACACUCACGCACACGUAACCGAGCAGACACACCUACAGUACGCGGCAGCUCACGCGCCAGUAGUAGGAGUGGACACCACGAAGGGCCUGUGCGAGAGGAUAGGAGAGCAGACACACCCACACACCACAACACACGCACACACACCCCCACCGGCAUGUACCAUGGGCGGGGAGGGGGUCUACGCACACACACGCCCACGACCACAGAGUAUGGGCCACACUCACACGUGCGCACACUCGAGGAGAUGCGGCGGUUGGCACGAGAGACCGUGCGCGGAGAGACGUGGCUGGACGGCGACGCACAACUCGACCGUAAGGUGCAGUACCUACGCGAAGCAGCGGAGAAGCUACAGCGACACAGUGACGACAGGGACAGAGACAGAGACACACACAGAGAGAGUGAGCGUGAGGAGGCUUUGCGUGUGCAGGCGCAUGUGGCGGUGGACCCACGGGUGUAUGGGCCGUAUGGGAGAGACGACACGCACACGCACACGCACGUGCCAACCAUUGUGCACGUGCACAGACCGCAGGAGGAAUCGGAGCAUCUCACGAGCGCACGGAGCAGCUCGGGCACGCGGGCUAUAGACCCCCACAGAGACCCCCACAGAGACGCCCGGGAACACGGGGGUGGAAAAACGGGUGGGAGAAAGAGUGCGGUGCGAGUGAUGCGACGAGUGAGCGAUAGCACGGCGGAGGAGGGAGAGCCACACGUAAGGCGAAGGCACGAGCACACGCGAAGAGAAGGAGACGGGGGGGAGAAUAGGCGAGGCGUUAUUUCCACGGGUGACGGAAUAAGGAAGGGUGGUGCACACAGGCGGGAGGCACGCAAGAAGCAGCGCACACGAAAGAACGUGGUGCUGGUAACGCCGUAUAGACACACCAUGCAUGCGACAUCAGAACCACAGGUGUACAGCGACUCAGGGGCAGAGGAGGUGAUGAGGGGACACAGACACGCAGACACAGCAGACACCACACACACAGCACACACACACGAAACACACACACAUGCACCCACGUCACACGACACACACACACACACAGGCAAGGCACAUGAAUCACGCACACACACCACACAGCCGCGCAGUAGUGCAGAGAAUGGCGGCGGAGGACACUCAGACAUGAUUACGCCCACACGAAAGUCACAUCGUAUACCCAAAGAUGUGCUCGAAUACAUCGCAGCCAGCCAGAGCGCACUGAACGAACCCGCAAGCACAGACACAGACGAGAUACCUACACGCACCCGUGAGCAGGCAAGUACACGACAUAUGUCCGACAACGAGAUAUUGGCGUACAGCCCCCCGUUGCCACGUACCCCAACUGCAGAACGAGUGAACUUCUCGACAUACGACGAAGGACUCACGGAUGCGUACAGACGAGUGUCUAGCCAGGUAGGUGGAGACAUGCAAACACACACACACACACACACGCGCACGCACACCCAGAAGCCAACACUGGUACACUUGCCGUCGCACGUAAGCGUGCACACACCCACAGAGCGCACACCGCAACGCACCACGUUCUCGCAUGCGCCAGCAAUUACACUCACACCCGCACCCAGACCCCUACAAAGACCCCCACGUGACCCCUCGCACACACCUGCACGCACACGCACGCGUGCACGUGGCUACGAAGAACCCGCCCCCACUGUCACCGCAUACACGAAAGACAACCGAAACAGCAGAGACAGCAGAGGUAACAAAGACACGAGACACACAGCCCCUCCAUCACAGUACGCGUCCAUGACCUCAUGGACCUUCACCGACGCAGGGGGUAUGAGCACGGAACGUAUCCGCGCACUAGCCCUCACGCUACCGAACAUCACCCACAUCAACACCGUCCACGUGCGCGGGUGGGACGAGGCCCUCUACGCCGCAGUCCUGGAUAAUUGGCCACUACUGACGGACUGGGACCUGGGCAUCUUCCCGGCCGUGUCGGAUAGUGGGCGUCUGCUGACUUGUCUAUCGCAGAGUGCUGUGGAGGCGCUGUCGGUUGAUGGGGAGAUACCCAGCGCCCUACACUCGCCCGUGUUGCGUGUGCUGUCCGCUCACGAGACCGUCUCGCUGCGGUUACUUUUGGCGGGAAAUUCUGCGCUGGUGGAGUUGACGCUCUCGUGGCAGGUGGUGUCUGAGCGUCUGGUGAGUCUGAGCCUGCAGGUGCUGCGUGUGAAGCAGGUGUCAAAUCCCGGCGCUCUGAUUGGCUGUCCGAAUCUCACGGAGCUCGGGGUAGACUCACUGACGGAGAAGACCUUCUGCACCAGCGCGGCGGUGUUGAGUGUUACGUGUCACAAGGUGAGUAAUGCGAAUAUGGAUCGCUUCCCACGUGUGAACACGCUGAGAUUGGGUAGGUAUGCGUCGUUGGAGGAAGGGUUUAUCUCUAGACGGGUGGCUCGGCUGGAGAUGGAUAGCGAGUCUGAGUCCGGGCUGCCGCUGAAGUACUACCUACCCAUGCUACACACACUGUCGUGCGGGUUUCACGACAUGCGCGCUCUGAGCUUCAUGUCCCUCACCACGCUCACGCUGAGAUGCUUUGUGGACGAGAGCGCACUCAAGCAGACCAUCGCCAACUGUCCGUGUCUGGAGAGUAUCUACCUGCGACAGUGUGUUCCCUGGACGUACAAGCCGUAUUCGAGUGUGGAUCUGUGGCAGAUAUAUGCGGAGACCAAGCUGAGUAGGUAUAAUGUGACGCUGUUUGUGGACCGUAGCUAUGAAAGCAGCGCCUCACAGGGCUUUCUGAGCCUGCUGCGCGAGGGUCGGGUGGGGUAUACCGGUAUGUAGAGAUGUUCAAUAACGGGAUCUGCGGCAAACAUACAUUGGUUGGGAGUUGCACCACUUACUGUAGCUUGGCGAGUCAGGCUUUUUGAUCAGAAUCAGGUGGGGGUGUACCGCAAUUAGUCAUUUGAUAAUACCGGGACGCUGUGGCAGAGCCGUGUAGCACCUGGUCAAGUAGAGAUAGAUAGUGUUUCCCAAUAGUUGGAGAG